AUGGUUCCCUUCGAUCCAUCCACGGCCACUCUAGAAGAUGGGCUUGGGUUCUCAUCUGAGCCUAGCCAUAACAUUCAGUCAAGUCCACCUCGGACUCCUAAGCCGCGUCAUCAUAAAGACUUCAACAUUACCAGCGAUAGCUCGGCCCACUCAGGUCGAGACAAUCCCUCCUCGCGGAAGAAGAGCAGCAGUCAGCAUCCCAUCAACAACCGCCAAAAGCCUCGAGCUAGAGACGCUUCAUCAUCGACACCUUUGAAAACUAGUGAGGCGCAGUCCGCGCAGAAGUCCGGUUCGGCUCGGAUGAGUCAAGGUGUUCAUCAUACUCCGGCUCGUUCAACCGGUACGCCGGCUCGUAUUGCAUAUGCAGGACCGACGUUCCAUGCUUCACCUGCUCCCUCGGCGCUACCAAUGCCAAGUUUCUUAUCAAAAUCUGUGCCAGAAGAGGGUCAAGGUGGUCUUCAGGCAAGGCUUGACGAGGACUCUUCCACGAGCACGGACUCCUCACCGACAAUGACAGUGCCGUCGACCUCUGAAACACCCCAGGAACGGGAGUCGACACCGCUGGAUCUGUUUUUCAGAGCAGACAGAGAGGAAAAGGCAAAAGCGCGUGCUGCUAGUGCUGCUGCAAGCCAAGCCGAAGCUGUUAGCCCUUCACUUAAAAGGACGAGUAUUGGACUACCCCAAUCUCAAAAUUCAACACCUUUCGAUGACCGAUCGCGACUUCAGCCACGCCAGUCCGCGAAUUAUUCAAAUACUGAACUGUUUCCAAUGGAUAUGGAAAAUAGCCGUGGCUCAAAUACUCCAAUUGGGCCGGCUUUUUCCACGCCCUUUGCGCAGCGUAUGGGUGCCUUACGUGCGCAGACUGCUUCCUCCGGGACUGUGCAGCAAGAUGAUAAGGAAGAAGAUAAUUGGAAAGCUAAAACACAAGCACUCAAAAAGCUCUUGAUGAACCCUCAUAAUCAGUCUGGUCUCCCCACUCAACAUCAUUCGGAGAGUGACUUGCUGCAUCCUCAUUCGGGAUCCACGUCACCUGGAACUCGAAACUUCCUCAGAGAUUUUCCAAAUCACCAGGCUUUCGCGCGGACGGAGUCACUUCUGUCGAUGCCACACAAUUUUUCCGGUACCCCUCAGGCUCAUGGAAUCCGAAAUUUACAUGGUAUGAACUUUACGGGGACCGGCUCCCCAAAGUCUAAUUCCCGCCCGUCGAACAUUCGUCGACAAAUGUCCGCAAAUACUCCAGAGCGCAUGAUUGUUCCUCACCCCGCUCUUUCGCCGAGCCCAACGUCGCGGGCAUCUUACCUCGACGCGGCAACGAUCUCACGAAACAACCUUAAUGCUCAUAUACAACGAAGCAUGUCUACCUCGCUACCGGCCUCUGGUGAAGACUCCCUUAAGUCUCAUACUCCUCUCAAUGUUCCCGAAAACAGCAGCAGCACGACUCCGCGGCCUGGAUUGGGUGAUGUGCAGGCCAUGGAAAAUGACUUACGACGUAUCCUGAAAUUAGACAAUUUUGGCAAUGCGGGGGGUUCUCCCUUUGGAAAUGCGGCUCCUAUUUUAUCGGCAUCUCCGAGCCAUCGGCCGACACCAAGCGGUGUUAGAGACGGUGUUUUCUAG